AGAAAGGACCCCCGCGGAAUAAAAUCUUCAUUUCAUUCUUGCUUCUUUAAGCCUCUGUCCUCUCCUCCUCGCUCCCUCCAAUUUCGAUAUCUUUCCUUAUUCCAAACGCUCCGUAAUCCACUUCUUCCUUUUCCUCCUCUCCUUCUCUUUGGCCUCCUGAGUUAAAAGGCGAGACCUUGGAGAAAACCUUCCACCUUUUUUUCUUGCUGCUCCAGUUUCUUGCUUGUCUUUUUCUGCUCUUUUGUGAUGGGAGACCAUUUUGCGCUGCUGGCGGACCGUUUGCUGACCGAGUCAACCCUUGGAGCUGCUAUCGAGAGUAUAAACCACGGGUCAACCACAAAGAUUGCUUCCUCGUCAAUUGUGGAAGAAGAAACUGACUCUUCUCCUAAGAAGAAAUUUGUUGAGGAUGGCACGUCGACUGGUAGAUUGGUUGAAUGUCGAAUUUGCCAGGAUGAGGAUGAGGACGCUAACAUGGAGAUCCCCUGUUCCUGUCGCGGAAGCUUAAAGUAUGCUCACCGCAAAUGUGUGCAGAAAUGGUGUAAUGAGAAAGGUGACACCACAUGUGAGAUAUGUCUGCAGCAAUUUAAACCAGGAUAUACUGCCCCUCCAAAGUUGUUUCUUUACGGGACUAGUCCUAUGAAUUUCAGAGGAAACUGGGAGAUUUCAAGGCAGGAUACCCAAAAUCAUCAGUAUAUGGCAAUAACUCAAACUGAUAAUGCUUACCUUAGAUCCAACUACAACGACUAUGUCACUUCACAUGAUCGGAGCAUUAUGUAUUGUCGCGUAGUUGCUGCUACAUUCAUGAUCUGUUUGAUUCUUCACCAGUCUAUCCUUUAUAUGACAAGUGGAAUUGAGCAGUAUUGGAUCCCACCUUGCAUACUGUUGCUGCUAAAGAUUAUUGCCAUUGUAUUACCAUUAUGCAUUAUGUUGAGUGCAGUUAUCACAUUCUACCAAAGGCGGCAACAGCAGGAAGUGCAUCAAGAUAGAGUUCUGGAGUCUCAAAUGGAGAAUGGGCAAUUGCACUCUGCAAGUGAUGCAGUCCUCUUUUGAUGUCUCUGCACACUAGGGAAUGAGGGAAUAAUAAUAAUAAUAAUAAUAAUAAUAGAGAAGGCCAUAAGAGAUGUGAACGAUUGCAAAGUGUUGGACAUGCUAAAUUAUUAGUUUAUGCUUGAUACAGGUUCCAGGAGUUUGCCUCCUUACAUAUAUAGCAGGGUUAUCAAUUGAAUCAA